AUGAUAAACGAGCUCGAUCAGCAGGUUCUACAUGAUUUAUAUGCAUGGGUUGAUUCUAUUCCUUUAUCACGACCGAAAAGGAAUAUAAGUCGUGAUUUCUCUGAUGGUGUGUUAGUUGCGGAAGUCAUUAGACAUUUCUUCCCGAAAUACGUUGAUAUUCAUAAUUUUCAAAGUUGCAAUAAAAUGGAGGGCAAGAGGAACAACUGGCAUUUACUGAAUCGAAAAGUCUUUUCCAAAUUUUCUUUUAAACUAACAGAUGAUGUCGUUGAUUCUCUGGUCAAUGCGCAACCUGGAACGAUUGAAAAAUUACUUUUACUUUUGCGUUCGAAAUUUCGGGAACAUAAAGACGUUCCUAACGACAAUGAAAACAGAUUUUCGCCGAAUCAUCCUUCUCAAAUCGUUUUACCGAGGGUGGUUACGCCAACAUCCAAUUUGCAGCGCCUUCGCAGGAUUCCUUCCGUGCGCACAGAAAAUUCUGCCAGUGAAAAAACCCUCCCAGUUAUUCCAAAAAAGAGUACGCAAUCUCUAAGUCCUUCCAAUAAGGCAUUUUCAGUAUCAAAGUCACUAAACCGGCGAUCCUGGAGGCAACCCAACAUUAAUAAUGGACCCCGUGAUAUUGCUGCUCAAGACAUGCUCCAAGUUUACGAACAGAAAGUACAAGAGUGCCUUGAGCUUCAAGAAACAGUUGACAUUCUUAAUGCUAAGCUUCGGCGUACGCAGCAUUUACUUCAACUGAAGGAUAUGCGAAUAACCGAACUUCAAUCAAGACUUGAAUAUUUUUCAAUGACAUGA